AUGAAGGGGGAGAACGCUCACCAGAGGAAAAGGAAACUUGUGUAUGCUACGAGUAGGAAUUCGGAUCGCAACCUAGAUGUUUUGAAACGCAGAAGACCGCCGGUGCUAGAUCAGAGCGAUAUACAGGAUGAACCUUUGUCUGACGAAGAAAGAGGCGACACACCGUUAAGCCAGAUUGGAGGACCUUGCACUUUGAUACGUUUGCCGUCUCUAACCAGCGUGGGAUUAGCUGGUGAUAAUGAUCCUGGAUCGAACAGCGAUGAUAGUACGUCUAACAAGCUCCCAGAAACUGUGAAGCUUCGACAGAGUGUGGAUCCCGGAGAAAUCAAGAGAGUUAAGGAAGAAAACGUUCGUGACUCACAGGAGUUCAUCAAAAAUGUGAAAUAUGACGACGCAAUAGAAGAUGUACUAGUCGAAAUAGAACAAAGAUCUAGUUCACGACAGGAUUCUGACGAUAAGACUCACAAGUUAGUAGUACGGAAGGAUUACACCAAAAAAUAUAAAUUGCCACCAAUACUUUACCUCUCUGAUUUGAUCGAAAGGAUCCAACCAUUUUUAUCGAUAGUCGAAGCCAUGUACAAACACAAGGUGCAAUCACCUUACAAAUUCGAAGCUACAGCCGUGUCAGAAGCAUCCAACAGCGCCGUUCUAUCGCUCAGUGAGUUCAGAUCAAUGGAUAUAAACAAAAUAGUGGCAGGCUAUUAUGGACUAAGGAGACAAUUAUGCGUUGGCGAAGAGAUCUUAAAGCACUACAAGCAAUUCCUGCUCAAGCGACAAGGGAAAACCAUGAAUUGGUGGGGUGUGGCCGAUUUUGCAAAUUACGUGCUUGCUCCAGAAGUUUUGGCAUCACUUUGCAUCUCGGAGAUGAACCUAGGAGACGACAUCUACGAUCCAGCCACUAGGGAGAAUGCCUACGAUAUAUUCCGCAACACGGUAGAGUUUGGUCUAGUAGUGGCCGACACAGACCCACUAGAGAGCUGGGAAGUGCACGUCGAGAAAUAG